UCCAUUUCAUCUCGUCUCUUAACCCUCUGAAAGAGAGCCACAACGAUCAACGCUCUCCAGCUCUGUCUGUCUUCUCAUGGAUGCCGAUAUGAUCAAGUUAUCGCCGGAAGAUCACAUGGACAUCAUGAAGAUAUUGAUGCAGCCCGAGAAGUAUCCCGAGCUGUACGACGCCUCGCAUCACGACCUGUCUGAUCACUCCGGCCCGGCCGGCCCCGUGGCGGCGGGGAGCUACCCGCCGCUGCCCCACCAUCGAAACCCCGUCGGGCCGCCGAUGUCUCAAGGUCCCGCCACCAUUUCGUUCAUGGGCAACCAUCCGGUCCACGACCCGCCCUCCGCUCCACUGCCGCCUCAUUUUUUCAAGGGCGGGGGCGGCCCGGCGGGCCGGCUGAUGGGCGCGUACUUGUCGGGUAGCGCGUCCUACGAGAAGAGGAAUUCCAUGGCGGCCAUGAGGGAGAUGAUAUUCCGGAUCGCGGCGAUGCAGCCGAUCCACAUCGACCCGGAGUCGGUCAAGCCGCCCAAGCGGAGGAACGUGAGGAUAUCCAAGGACCCACAGAGCGUGGCGGCGCGGCACCGGAGGGAGAGGAUCAGCGAGAGGAUAAGGAUACUCCAGAGACUCGUCCCCGGCGGAACCAAGAUGGACACGGCCUCGAUGUUGGACGAGGCCAUCCACUACGUCAAGUUCUUGAAGAAGCAAGUGCAGUGCCUAGAGGAAGCUGCCGUGAGCAACACUAGUAAGCAAAUGGGCAUCGGCUUCCCGGCGGCGGCGACGGCGGCGGCGACGGUGGCGAUGGGGAAUUUAAAUUAUUCACAUCUAGGGAAGGAUUUCCAGAGUGGGCAAGUGGUGGGGUCAAUGCAGAUAUUUGGCUGAUAAUUUUGAAACGGGUUCUCUUUUUUAAUCCUCUUUUUCGGAUAGUCAGUGAUGAAUGGUGAUGUUCUUCAAACGAUUGUGGCGAGUGGAGUGCUACCCUUCUUCUCAUAAUGUAAUCAGAAAAUUGUGCUUUGAUAAAUGUAUUUCUUUCAAAC